UGCACAGAAAACGCACACCCGAGUUAAAAACGGCCUCGAACGCCACCCAAACCCGUCCAAAACCUCUCUCAACCAAACCCUUCCUUUUUCUGGCUCUCUCUCCCUUCUCCGGCGCUGCAAACGCAAACACAAUCAUCCUCACUCGCGCUCUCUCGCCGUCUCCAUGAGAGCCUAGGCGCUACAGCCGCCAAAGUUGACAAGACAGUGAGAAAAAGGGGGGCGGCUCUUCUCUCUGCCCCUCUCGCCUCCUCCCGAGCGCCCGCGAUGCCGCCGUCGUCGCGGUCGCUGUUCCUGCUGCUCAUGCUGGCGCUCACGCCGCUCGCGUCGCUGGCCGCGACGGCGCCGGCGCCGCCGGUGGCGAGGACGGCCGGGGUGCAAGCGGAGAUCGACGCGCUCCUCGCGUUCCGCCGCGGCCUGCGCGACCCCUACGGCGCCAUGUCCGGGUGGGACGCGGCCUCCCCCUCCGCGCCCUGCUCCUGGCGCGGCGUCGCGUGCGCGCAGGGCGGCGCCGCCGGCCGCGUCGUCGAGCUGCAGCUCCCGCGGCUCCGCCUCUCGGGCCCCAUCUCGCCGGCGCUCGGCUCGCUGCCGUACCUCGAGCGGCUCAGCCUCCGCUCCAACGACCUCUCCGGCGCCAUCCCGGCGUCGCUGGCACGCGUCACCUCCCUGCGCGCCGUCUUCCUCCAGUCCAACUCGCUCUCCGGCCCCAUUCCCCAGUCCUUCCUCGCCAACCUCACCAACCUCGACACCUUCGACGUGUCCGGCAACCUCCUGUCCGGACCCGUCCCCGUCUCAUUUCCUCCCAGCUUGAAGUACCUCGACCUCUCCUCCAAUGCGUUCUCCGGAACCAUCCCGGCGAACAUUAGCGCCUCCACGGCGAACCUCCAGUUCUUGAACCUGUCCUUCAACCGACUCCGGGGUACCGUGCCGGCGUCGCUGGGCAACUUGCAGAACCUGCAUUACCUCUGGCUGGACGGGAACCUUCUCGAAGGGACCAUCCCGGCGGCACUGGCCAACUGCUCGGCGCUGCUCCACCUGAGCCUUCAGGGGAACUCGCUCCGUGGCAUCUUGCCGUCUGCGGUCGCUGCGAUACCCACCCUGCAGAUUCUCUCGGUGUCGCGGAACCAGCUCACCGGCACCAUCCCGGCCGCCGCGUUCGGCGCUCAGGGGAACUCGUCCCUGCGCAUCGUGCAGCUCGGCGGCAACGAGUUCUCUCAGGUGGACGUGCCGGGAGCUCUCGCCGCGGAUCUUCAGGUGGUGGACCUCGGCGGCAACAAGCUAGCUGGUCCAUUCCCGACUUGGCUUGCUGGUGCGGGAGGGCUGACGCUGCUCGACCUCUCGGGCAAUGCGUUCACAGGCGAGUUGCCGCCAGCGGUCGGGCAGCUCACUGCGCUGCUGGAGCUGCGCCUCGGCGGCAAUGCUUUCAGUGGCGCCGUGCCUGCCGAGAUUGGCAGAUGCGGUGCACUCCAGGUGCUUGAUCUCGAGGACAACCACUUCACCGGCGACGUGCCAUCAUCUCUUGGCGGUCUCCCGAGGCUCAGGGAGGCCUAUCUUGGUGGGAACACUUUCUCCGGCCAGAUUCCGGCGAGCUUCGGGAAUCUGUCGUGGUUAGAAGCAUUGUCCAUACAGAGGAACAGACUCACCGGUCGCCUUUCUGGUGAGCUCUUCCGGCUUGGAAACCUGACGUUCUUGGACCUGUCUGAGAACAACCUCACCGGAGAGAUCCCUCCGGCCAUCGGUAAUUUGUUGGCUCUCCAGAGUUUAAAUUUGAGCGGCAAUGCCUUUUCUGGCCACAUUCCAACGACCAUUGGCAACCUCCAGAACCUGCGAGUUCUUGAUCUCUCCGGUCAGAAGAACCUCUCUGGCAAUGUCCCAGCGGAGCUUUUCGGCCUACCGCAGCUGCAGUAUGUGUCGUUCGCGGACAACUCCUUCUCAGGCGAUGUUCCUGAAGGAUUCAGCAGUCUUUGGAGUCUCCGCAAUCUGAACCUCUCAGGCAAUUCUUUCACUGGGUCAAUACCGGCGACAUAUGGGUACUUGCCAUCACUUCAAGUGCUCUCGGCUUCACACAACCACAUUUCUGGGGAGCUGCCAGCCGAGCUCGCCAAUUGUUCCAACCUUACUGUGCUUGAGCUCAGUGGCAACCAGCUGACUGGCUCCAUCCCAAGUGACCUCUCACGUCUUGAUGAACUGGAGGAGCUUGACCUCAGCUACAAUCAGCUUUCAGGGAAGAUACCACCAGAGAUCUCCAAUUGCUCAUCACUCGCCCUUCUCAAGCUUGAUGACAAUCAUAUUGGCGGAGACAUACCAGCCUCUCUUGCCAACCUCUCAAAGCUGCAGACGCUUGACCUGUCAUCCAACAAUCUUACCGGCAGCAUCCCUGCUUCAUUGGCUCAGAUUCCUGGUCUUUUGUCAUUCAAUGUGUCACACAAUGAGCUUUCUGGUGAGAUACCGGCAAUGCUUGGCUCCCGCUUUGGCAUCGCUUCAGCAUAUUCUUCAAACUCAGACUUGUGCGGUCCGCCAUUGGAGAGUGAGUGCGGCGAGUACCGGCGACGGCGGAGGCGGCAGAGGGUGCAGCGCCUGGCUCUGCUAAUUGGCGUGGUGUGUGCUGCAGUGCUGCUCGUUGCGCUGUUCUGCUGUUGCUGUGUGUUUAGCUUGCUGCGAUGGAGGCGUCGGUUCAUUGAGAGCCGUGAUGGUGUCAAGAAGAGGAGACGCAGCCCAGGACGUGGCAGUGGAUCGAGUGGCACAAGCACAGAGAACGGUGUCAGCCAGCCGAAGCUGAUUAUGUUCAAUUCAAGGAUCACUUAUGCUGACACGGUUGAGGCAACCCGGCAGUUUGACGAGGAGAAUGUGCUCAGCCGAGGCCGCCAUGGCCUCGUGUUCAAGGCCUGUUACAGUGAUGGCACCGUGCUUGCAAUUCAGCGGCUUCCGUCCACAUCUUCUGAUGGUGCCGUGGUGAUUGACGAGGGAUCGUUCAGGAAAGAGGCCGAGUCUCUCGGGAAGGUGAAGCACAGGAACCUCACCGUGCUCCGUGGCUACUAUGCCGGGCCUCCGCCGGAUGUCCGGCUGCUGGUCUAUGACUACAUGCCCAAUGGCAACCUCGCCACAUUGCUGCAGGAAGCGUCGCACCAAGACGGCCACAUCCUCAACUGGCCAAUGAGGCACCUCAUCGCGCUCGGCGUCUCGCGCGGCCUUGCAUUCCUGCACCAGUCCGGCGUGGUGCACGGCGACGUCAAGCCGCAGAACAUCCUCUUCGACGCCGACUUCGAGCCGCACCUGUCCGACUUCGGCCUGGAGCCGAUGGUGGUGACCGCGGGUGCCGCUGCAGCAGCUGCGGCCGCAUCGACAUCAGCUGCGACACCCGUGGGCUCGCUCGGCUACGUCGCCCCCGACGCGGCCGCGGCCGGGCAGGCCACGAGGGAAGGCGACGUGUACAGCUUCGGCAUCGUGCUGCUGGAGCUCCUGACGGGGCGGCGCCCCGGCAUGUUCGCCGGGGAGGAGGAGGACAUCGUGAAGUGGGUGAAGCGGCAGCUGCAGCGCGGCGCCGUCGCGGAGCUGCUGGAGCCGGGCCUGCUGGAGCUGGACCCGGAGUCCUCCGAGUGGGAGGAGUUCCUGCUGGGCAUCAAGGUCGGGCUGCUCUGCACCGCGUCCGACCCCUUGGACCGCCCGGCCAUGGGCGACGUGGUGUUCAUGCUGGAGGGCUGCCGCGUCGGCCCGGACAUCCCGUCCUCCGCCGACCCCACCUCCCAGCCGUCGCCGGCCUGAUCUCCCGGCGGCCCUCGGCCGGCACUGCCGCCUGCCAGAUUCAAUUCGGUAGCUUGUUCCAUUUUUUUUUUUCCUUCUGUCGCUGAUUAAUUUCCUUAAUUAGUUCAGAUUAGUGUUAGUCUCAGCUAAGCCGGCCGGCGUGCGCCUGCCCGUGGACGGUCGAACUGACCCGUGGGGCCAGGAACCGUUUCCCGCCAAGGAAGGAGGUCGUGGCCCGCCCAUGGCGGAAGUAGCCGUUGGGCGUCCUAAUCAUGUUGGUUAGGGGAGGCGUCAGCACCGGGGACGGGGGAGCAGGGAGCCCAUGUGCCGCCGCACUGGCACUGCUGCAGGCUGCAGCGGAGGUGCUUGGCACGGCCUGAUACUCCUGCCGUGCCAAGCCCCCAGACGUGUCGUGGUGCUGCGCAUGUGGGGUUUCCCCUGCCCAAGCAUCGGCAACGGCUACUAGUGCAGGACAUGGCUGUCGCCUCCUGGCCAUCGAUCUCGGCCGAUCUGUACCACGACCCAUUGUACUCUCUAGCGAUUGAUUUCGUGUAGGGGCCUGCUUGGCUUCCUGGGAUCUUGUCUUUAAUCUCGUUUCACCAAAGCAACAACGACCGCGUUUUUUGUGCCAUGUGCUGUA